AUGCUGGCGCUCCACUUACCGCCUACAGACCUAAAGGAGGGCAAAAACUUUGGCUUGAAAGUCAAGAUUUCAGACAGGAAGUCGCUAUCAAAAGUUGAUAUCACAUGGAGGGGACACAACUGGACCGCGACUGUCAAGCUACACACUCCUGGCAAAUACCAGGGCAAGCUGGUGGGCAAUACGACGGGUAUAGUCGACGUGGCGAAUAAUGAGAUCGACUUCUCUGGACUCUCCUUUACCAAGAUGAGCAAGUACAUUCUGGACGUGGUCAUGGAGUCUUCACCUACUGGUUACUCCUACAAGAUAGUCUCGAGCACAAUUGACGUCAAGCCGCAAGGAUUCAAGACACCGUCAAAGGAAUCGAAGAAGGGAUGUAGGAUGCGGUUUGCGGAAGACUACAGUAUAGUUAGCGGAAAUGAAGCGGCUUUUGAGAUGACCAUGUACAACGAGUUGGCAACGAAAUACACAACUGUUAGCUUUGAUAGCUUUGCAUCUUCAGAAGGUAGUGUGAUAGUGACCUUCAACGUGGAAGGGAGCUCAGCAGACACUGAUGACACCAUUGCUGCCAUCUACGCCGCACUUGACGCCGGUUACACCGUCAUCUUCAAUGGCUAUACCCUCAAUGCGGACGGAACGCUUGAAAUCGACGGAGUGACCUAUGGAGUUACUUCUGAUACUAGCGGCGGGCUGUCCACAACGGAAAUCAUCAUCAUUUCUGUCGUCUGCUCAGUGGUCAUAAUCGCCAUCCUUAUCACUGUCCUAGUCAUCUACUAUGUCAAGAGCAAAAACAAGAAAAAUAAUGAUUUUGAUAGGAAUGCCACACCGGUAGAGCACUUGAACGACAGAUUCUCGUCCAUCGAGAAGGAACAGAUCUACCUGCAGUGGCGCCUGGGAACACCACCACAGAAGUUCGCUGUGACGAAAUCCACGAAAAUGGAGAAUACCAUCAUUGUGAAUGAUGCUUAUGGUAGAGGAGCGGCAAUGGAUGAGCCCAUGGUCGCCGUACCGACUGAAAAGAAGGCGACGCCUCUCAAUUACAUGGCAAUGGGCUGGGACAAUCCUGCUUUGGAGGGUGAUGGUGAUUAUGACAGCCGCUUGUCCACCCCAAGGAGUCCCAGCAGCCGACCCGGGACCACUAGCAGCCUGAGACGGACUUUGAACGGCUUGACCGCCAAGGUUCAGCCGAGCGAGGACGACAGCUCUGAAACCGACUUUCGGGCAGAGAGCGCCAGGACCUUAUCGACGCCUCAUAUGAGCACCCAGGGAACCAGGAUACUGUCUGCUGGAGAACUCAGGGCGUUUGCGGAUGUUCCCGCUGUCGAGUAGAAUAUGGCUCCAACCCCAUUUAAGGCGUUUUACUGUCUCUAUCUAUUUUCAAGUACUGUCAAUGGUACUGCCGCAGUCCAAGCAGGUGGUAAAGCAUAUGUGCUUCCAAACUAGCUAAUACUUACUUGAUCUUCAACGAUAUAAUCGUAUAGUGAACCAGUUGAUACUAAACGGACUGUGA